AUGCGAGAGAGAUUUGUAGAUUCCAUUGAAACACCAUUUUAUGAUAAAAGGUUAUUGAUUCCGUCGGCUACUCUUCAUACUUCAUACAAUCUGUGUGGAAAAACCUCAGCCAAAGGGUUGUGGUAUGACUUUCGUAGUGAAGGUAAGAUGUGUUUAAUUAUUUUUUUUCAGACUUACAAUUUGAACGCUCAAAUCGGUGAAUCGUCAGCAUGUGCUACCGCAUUAUUGUGUGGUGUAAAAGCCAAUUUCGAAACAGUUGGCUUGGAUGGCAAUGGAAAGUUUGAAAACUGUUAUUCUAGUUUUGGGUCUAGAGUUGACUCAUUGGCCUACUGGGCUCAAAAGGAAGGUAAAUCCACUGGACUAGUGACCAAUACUCGGAUUACUCAUGCUACACCGUCGGCGUUAUACGCGCACUCGCCUAGCCGAUAUUGGGAGGAUGACGGAAAAGUUCCAAUACCUUCAAGAAAAUCGUGUAAGGACAUUGCCCGCCAACUGGUGGAAGACGAUCCAGGUCGAUAUAUAAACGUGAGUUAUUAUUGAUAUUAUUAAUAUUUUUCAUUCUCAUUCAACUCUCCUAUUGAUGUGGUUAUAAUAAUAUGGUUAUAUACACUCUGAGGCGAUGGCGUGAAAAACAUCAGUGGCUGUAUUCACACGCGACAAAUACGUUUACGUUUUAAAAUGCAUGUUAUGUACCUAGUGGUUGGGUCAGUGAUCUGACUCCGUAUACCUGAGACCUUAAUUUUAACUUUGCAACAUCAUAUUUUCCAUUAUAUUUGAAAUACAAAUUUAGAUGACGGUUAUUCCUUGAUGUAAGUGCUAACUCGUAGCCACCGCGUGGGUUAUUAAUCCGAAAACAUUAUUGUUUUUGUCCGAUAGUACUCAGGCCUCGUUGAUCGGAGGAGCAUCGGUUUGGUAUUAAAAUAAAUACGAGAACUUGUACUAAAAAUUAUUUAAAUAGAUUUUUGAUAUCUAAA